CUUUAUUUCUCUGUUGACCACUCACUUACCUGUGUUAUCUUAGAGAUAAGUCAAUUAAUAAUAAUAAUUGCAGCGAAACAACUAAUAAUUCCUGACCUAACAUCCUCGGUUCCUCCAUAUCACCAACUCGGACACCCUUGAUACUUUCAACGUUGCAUUGAGGGAUCGAUUAAGCUUUACAUCUUACCACAUCGUUGAUUGCUCACAAUGAACUUUGCGAUAUAAUUUUAACAUCACGAUAUUGUCCUAACAGGACUCGUCUUAUCGGAAAUUGAGAUCGCUUCCGAAAAGAGUCUCAUCACUGGAACCAAGAGUUCACAAUGGCACAAAGCACAACAGGCUCGAUUUCACCAUCUACACGAACUCCCCGCUCGCAAUCGCCCGCAAAUACUUAUAGAAAUGGACCACCAGCUGUUCGACCAUCCGGUGUACGCGCUCAGAGCUCUGAGAGGUUUGGGACUUCACUCAACCUAGCUAUACCUACAUCGACCUCAAAUGGAAUUACGAGCAGUGUAUCUGAUGAGGCGGUUGAUUAUAUGAAUGGCGGUAUCCCGCAUCACACACACAUAGCCUCUACAUCUGAUGCUACCUCUCCUGGAAUAUCUGCCAACAAUGCAGCCACGGGUUUUUCCCCUGUUCCUCCCCCAUCUUCAUUUCCUCACGAGAACCACUCCGCAAUAAACGGUAUAUCAACUCCACCCGGCAGACGCAGUGUAUCGUUCGCAAGAGAUAUGGCUACUGUCGAGCCUUCCAAUUCUGCACGACAAGAUUCAUGGGGUGUAGAAGAUGUUGAUACACCAGCAAAGGAUAGGAGAGGUGCAUCUUUAAUGUCAAAAUUGAAGGCUUUAGCUACCCCGAUUGGAAUGCAGGGACAUGGCAGAAGUCAAAGCACCCCCACGAACUAUUUCGAUGAAGGACUCGGAACAAUACCAAUUCCUACGAAUAUCCCACAAACAUUACAUGAGGAAAGUAGUGAUGCUGAUGCAGAAGAAACGGCCGAUGAGGGACCAUUCAAUCAACCAGCGCGUAUACGAAAGAAACGCCGGACUAGACGACCACAAGAAGAAGAGAGUGUACCCAACACACCAAUGAUUCGUGGCCCGGGCCUUUCAGAUUCCCCGAGUGGGAGUAGGUCAUUUUUUCUGGGUAGACGUACCACGGAUGGGUCUUUCGAACAACGGGGUCAUCUGUCGGAAGGUGAAGGGCGUGAUCGUUUUGCGAGGCAAAGUGCAUGGCGACGAGGUUCAUGGAUGCCAGGUCGAGGGUUAGUUGCUGAUAAUUCACCACAGGCACAAGAUUUUGCAAACGAUGGUGCAAGAUCAAAACGACCAAGUCAGUUGAGAAGAAUGACAGGACUUGGGGGUCAAAGUGAGGGUGAAGCGCAGACACCUAGAAGACCGUAUUUUGGUGCGGAAAGAGCUAGCACUUUUGGAACUCAAAAAUGGCGAAUGUUAAAGCAUAGCAUGAAAUUCUUCGCCGGCAAAGGGAAAAAGGAAGACAAGAUCGAUUAUCUUAAAUCUGCUGAACUCAUGGCGGAAUUAAGAGCUGUAACUCCAGCCGUACUGAUGAUUGCCAGCAUGAUGCAACGUGAUGAACAUGGAAACAAACGAAUCCCAGUUCUUCUUGAGCAGCUCAAGAUUGAAAUCACAGAUAGCAAGCCCACCGAUGAGGAUGCCGACGACACAGAAAGACAUCUUGUUUUCCGAAUUGAGCUGGAAUAUGGAAGUGGUCCAAACCGAAUGAAAUGGGUAAUUCAUCGUUCUCUCAAGGACUUUGCUAACUUACAUUUACGCUAUAAGCUUCAAGGAAGCAGUGAUAAGUACAUAGGGAAUGAAGCCCAUGCACGACCAAAGCAACCGAGAUUCCCAAAGUCUGCGUUCCCUUAUUUCAGAGGUGUUCGAGGUCUAGGGGAGAGUGAUGAAGAUGAAGCCGACAACGUGCGUGUGGACGAGACUGCGGCAGAGGCAACCCAUGGCGAGGCAACACAAAGUGAAGCGGAACCAAAACGGAAGGUCAAGAGGCGUCCAUCCAUUAGCGCGGCCCGGAAAAGUACCCGUGCCAUAUUGGAUACUAGCGGAAAUGCUCUCAAUACCGAAAAGCAAAAGAGAAUAUUCAAUGAACGCCAACGAAAGAGAAUAGAACAAUACCUUCAAGAGAUGAUUCGAUGGCUCAUAUUCAGAGCGGACAGUAAUCGUCUUUGCAGGUUUUUGGAGUUAUCUUCGAUGGGAGUCCGCUUGGCUGCUGAGGGUAGCUAUCAUGGAAAGGAGGGUUACCUCGCUAUUCAGACGGCAAAGGGUUUGGAUAUGAGGAAAAUACUCACCCCUAAUAACUUUUUUCAACGUCAUUCUCCAAAAUGGUUUUUGGUCAGGCACAGUUAUCUUGUGUGCGUGGAGUCGCCAGAAAAUAUGCACAUCUAUGAUGUGUAUUUGGUGGAUGCAAAGUUCGCAAUACAGAAGAAGAGGAGAAUGAUAACUGAUAUGGGCAAGGGGAAAGAGAAAGCGAAGGAUGAAGUUUCACAAGCAGGUAGAUCUGCUAAGCACCCUCAGCAUCACACUCUUAAAAUUCAGAAUUCCGAGCGCAAGAUAAAGUUACUGGCCAAGAACGAACGUCAACUCAGACAAUUCGAGGAAUCGUUAAGAUUCAUGGCGGAUAACACAUUAUGGGCAAAGGAACAUAGAUUUGGCAGUUUUGCGCCAGUGAGGACUGGAGUUACGGCACAAUGGCUAGUGGAUGGUCGUGAUUAUAUGUGGAAUGUUUCUCGAGCAAUCAAUGAAGCCAAGGAUGUGAUAUAUAUUCAUGAUUGGUGGCUCAGUCCUCAAUUAUACAUGCGAAGACCUGCUGCUAUCAGUCAGAAAUGGCGACUUGAUCGUUUGCUGCAGAGGAAAGCUAGGGAAGGAGUCAAGGUUUUUAUCAUUGUUUACAGAAACGUUGAAGCUGCCAUCCCUAUUGAUUCUGAGUUCACAAAAUUCUCCAUGUUGGAUUUACAUCCAAACAUAUUUGUGCAAAGAUCACCUAAUCAGUUCAAGAAAAAUCAAUUCUUCUUUGCUCAUCACGAAAAGAUCUGCAUCGUUGAUCAUAUUGUUGCCUUUGUAGGAGGUAUUGAUCUUUGCUUUGGUCGUUGGGAUACGCCCCAGCACACCCUGGUGGAUGAUAAACCUACAGGUUUUGAGCAUUCCGAUUUGCCCAAAGACGCGGAUCAUUGCCAGCUGUGGCCUGGAAAAGAUUACUCCAACCCUCGUGUUCAAGAUUUCUACAAACUCAAUGAACCUUAUGCAGAAAUGUAUGAUCGAUCAAAGACUCCUCGGAUGCCUUGGCACGAUGUUGCUAUGCAAGUCGCCGGUCAACCUGCUAGAGAUCUGACUAGACACUUCGUGCAAAGAUGGAACUAUGUGCUCCGGGGUCGCACACCUACAAGACCAACUCCUUUCCUCCUCCCGCCUCCUGAUUACAAUCAGGCCGAGUUGGAAGAUCUUGGUCUGACCGGAACUUGUGAGGUGCAGAUCUUGCGUUCGGCUUGCGAUUGGUCUUCAGGUCUUAUGCAUACCGAGCAUAGCAUCAUGAAUGCUUAUUGUAAGAUGAUUGAAGAGUCUGAUCAUUUCGUCUACAUGGAGAAUCAAUUUUUCGUCACAAGCUGUGAGACGAUGAAUGUCAAGAUUGUCAACAAGAUUGGUGAUGCAAUUGUAGAGCGUGCCAUACGCGCCUAUCGAAAUAAUGAGAGUUGGAGAUGUAUGAUCCUCAUACCACUCAUGCCUGGAUUCCAGAAUACGGUGGAUGAACCUGAGGGAACAAGUGUACGCUUAAUUAUGCAAUGUCAAUUCCGAAGUAUUUGUCGUGGCGAUGGAUCUAUCUUUGGUAGAUUAAAGAGUCAAGGUAUUGACCCGGAAGAGUAUGUACAAUUCUACAGUUUGAGGACAUGGGGUCGUAUUGGACCAAAGAAGAUAAUCGUCACAGAGCAAUUGUACAUUCACGCCAAGGUUAUCAUUGUUGAUGACAGAAUUGCUCUCAUUGGCUCUGCUAACAUCAACGAGAGAUCUAUGUUGGGUAACAGAGACUCGGAAACCGCAGCAGUUGUUCGAGAUACUGAUAUGAUAUGGUCAACAAUGGAUGGAAGACCAUAUCUUGUUGGAAGGUUUGCCCAUGAAUUACGCAUGCGCCUUAUGAGAGAACAUCUGGGAUUGGACGUGGAUGAGAUAAUGGAAGAGGAAAAGAAUCAUGAAAUGGAUCGUGAAGAGGAAGAGUUCAAAGCACAGAUGGAUGGCAUAUAUGAUGACGAAGAUGAAGAAGAAGAAGGUAGCGAUAAUAGCCCGUCGCCGGCUAAAGGGGUCCCUAAUGAAUUCUCUACACGCGUUGCCUUGAAUGAGAAUUUACGCAGCUUCAAUCACGAUGUUGAUUGGGAGCAAGCAGGCAAUCCUAACAUACAGCCUGAUAGGCUAAAGCCACUUACCACGGAUAAGAGAGUUACAGACAACGCAGCUCAUGCAGCAGAUGUGGAUGGUGAUGGUGUCGACAAAUUGAAAUCUCUAUCGCAAAUAGGACAAACGAAGGGUAGAGAUUCUGUUCUUGUGGAAGGUCGUGAGGUGUUGGUCACUGCUAUUGCUCCGGAAGGCAAGGGCACGCUGGAUCAUCCUAAAAGACCACAUUCACGAUCAGUACAUCAACAACGAGGGAACAACUCUGAUAGUGGAGAUGGCUACAGUGGCUUACCACCUGCGCCUCCUUUUCCAAGAAGAACGACAGAGCAGCUUGGUCUUCCUCAGCUUUCCCAAUUACCGGCAUUACCAAUCGAGGAUGAUACCGAUAUUGGUGGCCCGCCUAUAAUAAUAGAUGCUUCCGGAAAUCCUGCACCCAAACCUUUCAAUCCAUUGACGGCUGAUAUUAAGAUGGCUCCAGUACACAAGGACUGUAUGCGUGAUCCAUUAAAUGAUGCUUUUGCGGAUGAGAUUUGGCAACAAAUCGCCGAUAACAAUACUAAGAUUUAUCGAAGAGUUUUCAGGUGUAAUCCAGAUAGCGAAGUUACCAACUGGCAUGAGUAUAGAGACUUUGUUGCCUACGCGGAAAGAUUCAUACAGGCACAAGGAGGUGGAAAAACUAAUGAGCGUGAGAAUCAAGAACGCCCUGGGCCUCCUGGCUCAAGCUCUGCUGUUCCAGGAAACCCCCUCUCGGAGAAGGUUAAACCUAAUAGUCAAGCCGGUCAUCCUCUUGGAACCGUAUCUGAAUGGGUUGCUAGCGCCAAUGCCGAACAUGAUGCUCGAGCUAUUAAUACAUCUGACGAGAAUCGUUUGGGUCAAUAUGAUGGUAUUGAUGAGAAAGCCGCUGCUCGGAAUGAAGGAGCCUCUGAUCCAGCAGGCAACGAAGCAUUCCCUGCUCUUGAUGCUACGGCUUUGGGUGUUCCUCCUGCUAAUGGGAUAACCUCCCAGGCUAGUACUCGCAAAACUACCUUCUCUGCGACGCCAACACCCAGCGGUGAUAGAAGGGAGAAUAGCAGUGCUAUGAAUCAAUCUGGGUCAGUCAGGAAGAGACGUCGUGGUACCACGAGGGGUAGCCGCAAAGGAUUCUCGGGGAGUGAUGAUCUACUUCCUAAAGAGGAUGUUGAGGAUCUAUUGGCAAUGAUUCAAGGUCAUAUUGUUGCGUUCCCUUAUGAUUGGCUUGUUAGAGAAGAACUCAACUCCCAUUGGCUUUACCAGGUCGAUCAGGUUGCUCCUUUAUCAAUUUAGUAAGUCGAUGGUCUUUUAACGAUCACUACCUCCAUUCGCUAACACAUGAAAUAGUAACUAGUAUUUAAUGGCAACGCCAGAGAGCGCUUUGUAUAUUUCGUUUCAUUUGUGUACAGCUUAUAACAUAACAAAGAGGAGCAUUCACAUGGGAUGGCGUUUCCGAACGGAUUUCUAGCAUAAGAAGAAAGUAAUGGAGAUUGGAGUUCUUUCAUUUCAGUGGUCUAUUUGGUCGGAAAAAGAAGGUAC